AUGGAUCCACUAUCGAUCAGUUCCAGCGUUAUUGCGAUCGCAACAUUAGCCGCUCAAGUCUGUUCUAAGUUGUCGGAACUACGAACUUUAUACAAGCGCCUGCCUGGUCGGCUGCACGCCGUCAACAUUGAGGUUGCUGACCUGGGAGUGCUCCUCCUGGAAUUUGCCUUUGUGGCGAUUGUAUAUAAGCUCACUGCUGCCUGUCGUGCGGGGCGAGCGCCAAUAUCCAUUCACAUCCGCGCGGGAACUGACCGUUUCCGGGCGAAGUAUGACAACAAAUAUACUGAUGGGGAUUUCGCUGAUUGCCUGCGCCAACGGCCUGAUUUCACGGAAAAGCUGGCUAUUGCGGUUGAUGAGCUGCUAAGCGUUAUCAAUCAGCAACCUGUUGCUGAUCAGUCCUCAGACAGUCUUAUGGAAGCUGGCUUCUUCUACUGUUUUCCUUCCCGAGUUAACUCACGACUGGAGGAUAUGCUCCAAGAGCGCAGCAGUGCCGCCAGCUCGGAUGGUAGCUUUGCAGAUGUAUCGGAGUACCUGUCUAUAUGCUGA